AAAGAGCCACUAGAUGAAUCUGGAUGGAUUAUUAAAAACGUCCUCUCCAUGCCUAUAGUCAACAAAAAAGAGGAGAUUGUUGGAGUUGCUACUUUUUACAACAGGAAAGAUGGGAAACCCUUUGAUGAGCAAGAUGAAGUUCUUAUGGAGUCCCUAACACAAUUCCUUGGCUGGUCUGUGCUCAACCCUGACACCUAUGACAAGAUGAAUAAACUGGAAAACCGAAAGGACAUUGCCCAAGAUAUGGUGUUAUACCACGUGAAAUGUGAUAAGGAUGAAAUCCAAGAAGUGCUGCCAACAAGAGAACGGUUUGGAAGGGAACCCAUGGACUGUGAUGAGGAUGAACUCAGAAUGAUCCUGAAAGAUGAACUGCCAGGACCCAACAAGUUUGACAUCUAUGAGUUCCACUUCUCAGACCUGGAAUGUACGGAGCUGGAGCUGGUGAAAUGUGGAAUCCAGAUGUACUAUGAACUGGGUGUUGUCAAGAAAUUCCAGAUCCCUCAGGAGGUCUUAGUUCGGUUCUUGUAUUCGGUCAGCAAAGGAUACCGAAGAAUUACUUACCAUAAUUGGCGCCAUGGCUUUAAUGUGGCUCAAACCAUGUUCACACUUCUCAUGACAGGCAAAUUGAAGUCCUAUUACACAGAUCUGGAAGCUUUGGCCAUGGUGACAGCUGGCCUGUGCCACGACAUUGACCACAGGGGAACCAACAAUCUCUACCAGAUGAAAUCCCAGAAUCCAUUAGCAAAGCUCCAUGGCUCAUCAAUUCUAGAAAGACACCAUCUGGAGUUUGGAAAGUUCUUGCUUUCAGAAGAGAGCCUGAAUAUCUAUCAGAACCUGAAUCGUCGUCAACACGAGCACGUAAUCCACCUGAUGGACAUCGCCAUUAUUGCCACAGAUCUGGCCCUCUACUUCAAAAAAAGAACAAUGUUUCAGAAGAUUGUGGAUGAAUCCAAAGGAUAUGAAGACAAGAAAAGCUGGGUGGAAUAUCUCUCCCUGGAGACAACAAGGAAAGAGAUUGUCAUGGCAAUGAUGAUGACUGCAUGUGACUUGUCUGCCAUCACCAAGCCAUGGGAAGUCCAGAGUAAGGUAGCAUUGCUAGUGGCUGCUGAGUUCUGGGAACAGGGUGAUUUGGAGAGAACAGUGCUUGACCAGCAGCCAAUUCCCAUGAUGGACAGAAACAAAGCUGAUGAGCUGCCUAAACUGCAAGUGGGGUUCAUUGACUUCGUAUGUACAUUUGUAUACAAGGAGUUUUCACGUUUCCAUGAGGAAAUCCAGCCCAUGUUUGACAGGCUGCAGAAUAACAGGAAGGAAUGGAAGGCCCUGGCUGAUGAGUAUGAGGCUAAAGUGAAGGCUUUAGAGGAAGAAAAGAAGAAAGAAGAGGAGAAACCUGUAGCAAAGAAAGUUGGCACCGAGAUUUGCAACGGAGGUCCGCCUCCACAAUCUUCCACCUGCUGCAUCCUCUAAACACCCCAUUACUGAUACCCCAAGCUGGGCAUCUGAGUCUUCCUAUCUCCCAGGCACUUUGCUGAAGAUCCUGCAGAACUGAUGUUUCAUAUUACAGUCUGCAAAGAUAAGCAGGUUUCUGGAAAUCCAAAAGAAAAAAACCCAAAAUAUUUUUUUAACAUUUAAAAUGUACUGAUUUUACAGCUAUUUUUAUAAACUACAGAAAAGCCAAGAACUAAAAGUUCAAUUUGGCACAUUUUAAAAAGGCUUUAAGAUUUUGAAUAGGAACUACCUCCCCCAAGAAUUCUAGGUACUCUGUGUAUGUGUAGAUUGGCCACACAAACACACACACACACACACAGAAGUGUAUUCUAAUUUAUCUUCUCCUCUACAUAAAAUUUACAUCCAAACCCCUCCAGGUGAAACAAAACAUUGAAAUCUAAUGUGUGGCUAAAGUUGUGAAUUCGUUGAAAAAUACACUUGUCCUAUCUGAUCUAUUAGCAAAGACCAAAGCAGAAAUGGAGCUUGAGUGCUACUUUCUGCAUGAAAACCUUUUAAUCUAUGCAGUUUAUAAAACUAAAACCUCAUUAUCAUCACCAAUUGAAGUGCUGCCUUAAUUCUGUCUCAAUGACUCCAUGAUCUCAACUUUUCCCACAGUGAUUUGCAGCCCAUCCAGGCUUUCUCAUCCCAUAGGUGUCCCAUCCAUAUGUUCCCAUCAAUCCCCUAGAAGACCUUCCUUUAGGUGGGCCUUCUAAUAUUCCAGAUACCAGCACAGCUCAGCUUUCACUGGACAACUACCCAUCCUGAAUUGUGAUUGUACAUUUUGACAGCAGACAACUUACCUGAAUCAAUUCAUU